AUGCGUGCAUUCUCCCGCCGUCACACCCUUCCCUUUAAGCUUGCCAUUCUAGCGGGCUCCCUCUUCCUGGUCCUACUGCUCGUCAUGCAGUACGACGUGGGAGGUGGGACUUCCCCUGAACCCUGGCUCCGAGAGCUGUCGAACAAACAGUCACAGGUGAUGGGUGUGGUCAGAGGUGCUGUGUCAAAUAUAGGCUUCCAGAUUGGUGCCCCCCUGCCCCUUCCCUCAGCGCUUGGGACCAACUCCUUUGAUCCCCGCUGUCCACCUGGGUUCUACAGCAUAGAUGAGCUUCAACCUCACCUGGAGAGGCCCUUACAGGACCCAGAGGACCCCGGAGCCUACGGCCGACCGUUUGUGAUGGGCAGGAUGACCCCUGCAGAGAUUAAAGAGAAGCAGGAUGGGCUGACCAAAAAUUGUUUCAACCAAUUUGCCAGCGACCGUAUCUCCCUUCACCGCAGCCUGGGAAAUGACACACGCCACCCAGAUUGUGCAGGUCAAAGGUUCCGGCGCUGCCCUCCUCUCCCCACCACCAGUGUGAUCAUCGUGUUCCACAAUGAGGCGUGGUCCACCCUCCUGCGGACAGUUUACAGCGUCCUGCACACUGCUCCUGCCUCCAUGCUCACAGAGAUAUUACUGGUGGAUGAUGCUAGCACAGACGAUCACCUGAAGUCUCGUCUGGAUGAGUAUGUCCUGCAGCUGAAGAUUGUGCGUGUGCUACGACAGCGGGAAAGGAAGGGGUUAAUCACUGCCAGGCUACUGGGGGCACAGACGGCUCAAGGAGAGAUCCUCACCUUCCUGGAUUCCCACUGCGAGUGCUUCAAUGGCUGGCUGGAACCCCUCCUGGCUCGGAUCGUGGAGAAGCCCACUGCUGUGGUCAGCCCUGAGAUAGUCAUCAUCGACCAAAACAACAUGAAGUUCACCAAACCCCUCGCCACAGCUCGUGCCCGUAACCGUGGAAACUUUGACUGGAGCCUUAUCUUUGGGUGGGAGCAGAUCCCUGAGGAAGACCAAAAGCAACGCAAGAAUGAAACUUAUCCUGUCAGGACUCCUACCUUUGCAGGUGGUCUGUUCUCUAUUUCUAAGACUUACUUUGAGCACAUUGGGACCUAUGACGCCAAGAUGUUGAUCUGGGGAGGUGAGAAUGUGGAGAUGUCCUUCAGGGUGUGGCAAUGUGGAGGCCAGCUGGAGAUCAUACCCUGCUCAGUGGUGGGACAUAUCUUCCGCAGUAAGAGCCCUCACACCUUCCCCAACGGCAGGUCGGUGAUUGCCCGCAACCAGGUGCGCCUAGCCGAGGUCUGGAUGGAGGACUACAAGCAGAUCUUCUACCGCAGGAACAAGAAGGCUGCCACCAUAGCCAAAGAGAACACAUAUGGUGACAUCUCUGAACGCCUCAAACUCAAAGAGAAGCUAAGCUGCAAAAACUUUACAUGGUACUUGCACAACGUUUACCCAGAGGCCUAUGUUCCAGACUUCACCCCUGUCAUGUUUGGAGCGCUCAAGAACUCUGGCUCAAAGACAUGCCUGGAUGUGGGAGAAAAGAAUAAGGGUGGGAAACCGGUUAUCUUAUACACAUGCCACAACAUGGGAGGAAAUCAGUAUUUUGAGUACACAUCCCACCAGGAGCUUCGUCACAACAUAGGUAAGCAGCUGUGUCUACAUGCGACCCCCGGGGCAGCGCUGGUGUCCAUAAAGCUCUGCCGCCUGAAGGGCAAAGGAACCACAGUGGCCCCCGAGCAAGUGUGGCAUUUCACACCGGGUUCUCUCCUUAAGAAUCCCCCCUCGGGCAAAUGCUUGACUGUAGACAGAGGUGAAGUGGUGAUGAGUAGCUGUGACUUGACCAAUCUCAGCCAACACUGGGACCUCAGCUGA